UCUAAUGAAGCGAACGCAUAAGUAGUGUUUUCUUAUUCAAUAUUAAUAUUAGAAGUUUAAAUAAAUUGUACGUGUUCGCUAAAUGUUUUGGUGUUUUAGUAAAACUAAUUCUUAAAACAAACAUUUACGAAGUUACGUGAUUGCUGGAGAUAUACAGUACAAGUUCGACGUGUACCCAACGGAAUGUAUACCCGGAUUUAUACAGAGGCAUAUGACUCAAUGGCGAGUGAAGCUGAUGAUAUUGCUAAGUUUACGGCUACAGUAAUAGCCGUUGCUAUCACCAUCGGCGUUGCGAUAACAUUUCUGAGCAUUGUAUUAUUGGUGUAUUUCAGGAUGAGAGAAAACGGAGGAAAAAGAGCAGUCAAAGAGGAUAACAGCUACACUAGAAUUGACAGUGAUAACCUGACUGAAGCUACUUCGGCGAGAUCGAAUUACAACCAAUUGGCUGACACAAGAGACAUUCAUACAUAUGUCGAGCUGAACUAGAAUUAUUUUGUGGUACACUGAAUCUGUAUUUCUGCAAAAGCAAGGAAGUUAUCAAUAAGAAGAAUGCAGACAGUAUACAAUGUUUGUUUCAACGAGUAUUAAUGCAGCCACAACUUGUUUAAACCUUCGAUAUUUUCCAUUACUUUUUGCGGCAAAGAUUAUACUUUUAUGGAGUAUACAUAACACUGGGCAAACAUGAGUUUCCUUGUAUGUAGGUGUAAUACGAUGCUGUUGUAAAGAGGCAAUUAUGAUCAAACAAAGGGGAAAUAUUUUUUUUAUUAAAAGUAACUGCAUUCAGCACGAAGUACAACUAGGCAAUAGAAACAUCGCUCAUUAAAAGCUUUAGGACUGCCGUGAUAUGACAUAAACACUGUUGGACACAGCAAAAGAAAAAUCCAGCAAACACAUAUAGAUUCGUGCAAAACAUUAAUAGUAAAAUCGUAACAAGCCGAAAAACAGAAUGGACAAAAAAUACAAUAAAAUUAUAUAUGACACAAUACGAGGAUAUAGUAGGUCCUUCCAUCUUAGAUCAGCAGGUAGACGUUCAGUGUCAGAACAGAACAGAACAGAACAUUUUAUUUAAGACUUGUACAAGUACAUCGUCUUCAAUACAUAUACAUAUAUAAUACAUAAAACAACAUGACAUAGCAUUAAGUGAAAGGGUUAUACAAACUUAUUAGUUAAACAAUACAUUAUCGAGAAUUUAUUCGGUGAUGAACUGUGUUUCAGUUAUUAACAAAAUUGUGUGUGUUUCUGUAGUUUAGAGCGUCCUUAACAAACUUACAAAGAUUAUUUAUAUCUGUCUUAUUACAUGAGGUCAAACGUUGUGUAAAUAAAAAUACAGAAGGUUUAA